AUGCCCGGUGUCGUCAUGGACAAUGUCAACAUCGAGGGAUCUGUCCGGCGGCCAGGCCUCAAUGAGGUCAGAAAUGGUUCGCCUAAUGCCUGUGGUAAUGCUGAUAAGUCCGGCCAUCUCCCCGGCAUGAAUGGAUCGGUUUAUGUCAAUGGCGCAUUGAGUGGGAUUGCUGCUUCGAAUCAACACCCAAGAACGUUCGCAGAUAAGGCAGCGGAAAUCGUGCCGACAUCGCCAUUCAAGCUGCCACAUAUCACACAAGGGUUCUUUCCGUUUGGGACAUUGGUCAAUCGCUCAGUACAAGAAUGUUGGAAUGAGCUCUCGGAGUUGAUUACAGAAUUGGCUACGAUACAAGUGCCAGCCUCGGGCGGUUCGAUGCCACCGAAUGGAAAAACAGCCGGCAAUCAGUCAUCGGAGAAUGUGCACAAGAAGUUGCGACUCUUGGAUUUCGCUCAUGCCAAGAGAGCCGAGUUCAUCAAACUCCUAGUCCUCUCGCAAUGGAGUCGACAAGCUGCAGAUGUCAGCAGACUCAUUGAUAUCCAAGGGUUUAUUCGCACACGACACCAAUCAUACGACGCAGCUCUUCAGUAUGUCGGUGAAGUAAAACGAGAUCUUGUUCGAGCACAAGUUGCCAACCCGGAUUUAAAAACAGCGGUGGAGGUAUUAUCAAAAGGACGAGUCGCCUCUUUGCCAGAUCUCGGUUACAAACCUCCCACACCACUGACAGCACGAGCAACACUCAAAAAGCUACUUAAACUCAACCGAAUCAUCAGCGUGCGGUUGGUAUUACAUGAUUCAGUGCCGCUGCCAUUGCGCAAUUACCGGGUCCAUGAUGGCCGGGUAACAUUCACAAUUUCUGGUGAAUUUGAACUUGAUCUCUCAGUCGCGGAAGAGUCAAAGGCAUCCCAGUUUUUCUUCGUGGACAUUCGCUUCCUUUUCUCGCCAUCAUCACCUAUCCCAAAAGGUCGAAUAUUCAACGAACUUGAUGGUAAGAUUAAUGAUCUACUCCGUGAUGAUGGUUUGAUGGGAUGUUUCCAAUUUCUCCACGGUCUCGUUCUUACGAACAAAAUCAACAUUCUCUUCAAGCAAGCCGUGGACCUUUCUCGGGGCCUCUGGGCAGAUGCGUUGCGUAUCGAGCUAUUACAUCGAACACUUGUCGUUCAGUAUUGGCCUCAGAGAUCGGGGCCGAAGAGCUGGCUCGAAAUUGGAGUCAAGAGUGGUCAUCGCGGUGGCAGUUCUAGCGACCCGAAGCCUGGGAUAUCUCAUCUCGGCUUCCGAUGGAUGCGUGACGGCCAGCAGGUCAGCAGCGAUGCCAUCAGGUUCAACCCAGGUGAUCUAUCUAUGGAACUUAUUUUGAGAAGCGUCAUCGCAUUACACACGUCACAUCUUCUCUCUACUGCAUUUACCACCCUCAAAAAGCAUAUUCUUUUCUCGAAUCACACAUUAUCACUACAGGCUCAACUAUCACCAACAGAACCUGGAGAUUGUCGCCUUGAUGUGCAACUCACAGCCUCGCGUUCUCUUCGGGUUUCUAUCGAACCUAUGUCAGGAUCCAUUACCCUGUGUGGGACACCGCAAGUGUUGGAACGUCUCGAUGGUGAUCGAGGGCUCUAUAAAUCAUCGACAGAAGAGAUAUUAUCUCGUGUCGCCCGACUACGAUGUAUCACUGCGGUGGAUGAGGUUGACUCCGGCACAAAGGCACUCGGUCUCGAACCUGUGAACCAAAGAGUACUUGGGCUUGAUCCCCGCAAGCUGUUCCCUCCUGGUGUAAUGCGGACCGCUUUCUUCACCCAUCGGCUUUGGAACCGGCACUGGGUCGCUGCAGCGACCAGUAGCAUGGAUGGCGACCGCUGGUGGCUUGUUCAACUUCGGCCAACCGAGACAGCGAAAAUGGGACCAUUGUAUAGUAUUGGCGAUCAUAGUAUGAGUGUUCCGCAGGCCCACGUGGUCAGUGAAACUCUCGUUCCUCCGCAGAGACGGCUCAACUACACAACGUGCGCCGAGCUGGUCCAUGGGCUCACUGGAAUCCUGGCGAUCCAUGCCAAUGCGCGUUAUCUGGCAGACUUGCCAGCCAUGCAUUUCUGGCCCUCGCUGAAAGAAUUGCAGCUAGAAACGGAUCUCACAGUCCCAGAUAUCUUAUUCAACUAUAGCUCGUCCACACUUCCACCUGCUUUCCGGGUCACCUUGCCCUUCGGGGUAAAGAAGCAGUCGCAAUUCAAAGAAAUGAUUCGACUGGUUUUCCAUGGAAUUGACAGCCAGAGCCGCUCUGUCAUAAUGAUGGCCCACGGCACUUUGAAAACCCGCAUCAAAUCCUUGAUCCCACUCGUCUCAAAGAUGGAUUCUUCGUUGAUCAUCGAAGACAAGGGUGCUGGCUUCGCGCUUCGCUUGCUUGUGCCAGCCGGUCAUUCUGUUGUCGCUUGUCUGUUUGAACUCUUGCAGCGACUUGAAUGUGUUCUCUCUAUUCUCCAGUCCCUCAUACGGAAGGGAAUGGAGCCCCGAUCUUUGUCCUUGUCGCGAAUUGAUUUUGCCUAUGGGCCCGAGAACAAAUUUUCUGCUUUCUUUGAUAUCAGCGCCGAGGGGCCUUCUUUGUCUGACUACGUUGACGUUGCAGAUGCCAUUUCGAAGACCAAGCCUCUCUUCCAACUGAAACUGGGCAUCAAAUUCGAAAGCUCUAGCCCUCACCGCCGGAUUCAAGAGCCCCUCACCGUGGCUUUGAACCAGCGAUUCACUGAAGCCGGUGUUGAAUCAACCCUCCAACUCUUAGCUACCACGCUUCCUCUACUACGGUCAUUAGAUCAGAUCACUUCUCAGCCGAAUCAGACGGAUCUGUCAAUUGUGCAAAUCAUCGCGCGCAAACCGACUGUAUACCUGAUUCACUAUCCUCGACUGAGAUCUCGUUUCCACUUGAGUGCAGUGAUGCACCAGGACCGUUUGGUCUGGAUGUUAAGGGAUGCCAACGGAAUGGACCAGUCUGGUCGGGGCCAGGUCGCAGCUUUUAUACAAGAGAAACUGUACCAGUCGAAAGGCGAUGGUUGGAACGGCCUUGGAGAUGGAGCGGUAGCGAGUAUCAACAAGGUUGGAAACCUCAUACUCGAGCUACAUGAGUAUCUUAAUACUCCCCAUCUUCAACUCGACAGAGAAGUGGAAGUCAAACCCGAGCAAAUCCCGAAACAGUUGCACAUCAAAGGGUCGACAUCUGCCGCUCCACAAGCUAGGGGAAAUACCGAUGUCAUCACCAUUGACUAG